AUGAGCUACUGUCUUCCUCUGUCUUCAUUUGACACGGUCAAAACGCGUCUGCAGUGUUCGCCACCUGGCACGUAUCGCGGUGCUAUCGACUGCCUGGUCCGGAUAGUCCGCAACGAGGUCAAUGGUCAAUACUCUGUUUUUGCUCUGUAUAAAGGUGCCACACCUCCCGCGGUGGGAUGGGCAGCCAUUGACUCCGUCCUGCUUGGCUCUCUGCACAACUAUCGUCUCUUUCUCAUCCGUCAUAAACUUACUGAACAUGUCCCCGGGUCUGAUGCUCAACGGCUGACCCUCGCCGGUCAUGGUAUCGCCGGGUUCGGCGCUGGUUUGACGAGUUCUGUCCUGGCAACACCUAUGGAACACCUGAAAAUAAAGCUGCAGAUGCAGAUGCAGCGAUCUGUGGCAGACCGCCAGUACAAGGGCCCCAUUGACUGUGCUCGACAAGUCAUCAGGAGCCAAGGUGUCCUGGGCCUUUGGACAGGGUUCACAGGCAGCAUGACUUUCCGAGCCAACUUCCUGUGGAUGUUCCUCUCCUUCGAGGCACUCAUGCGAAGUUUUACCAAGCUCGACGGGACUCGCUUCCAGAUGAGCACGGGCACAGCCAACUUCCUGUCCGGUGGGCUGUCCUCGUUUGCGUUCUGGUUCAUGGCGAUCCCUGCGGACAACAUCAAGAAUCGUAUGAUGGCAGUACCACAUACGGAGCUGAGGCCAACCUUCAAGGGCACUAUUCGGCAUAUCUACUCGGUAGCUGGUCUCCGAGGGUUCUUCGCGGGACUGGCGCCGUGCUUAUUGCGAGCAUUCCCAUCCAAUGCCUGUGCCUUCUACGUAUAUGAGGGCCUCAUGAGAGCUUUUGAAGCAGAAAAGACUCGCCAUUAGACGAUAGACUUAACAUCACUAGCUAGAUCACGCGCGUUCUCUGUUGAUGGCAUCGUCGCUUGGUAUAAGCCCCCGCGAUACUGUGAUGAAUUCCCGACAGCCAGGCGUACAAUUGCUAAAAAAAUCAUUUGCUUAAUCUGCCCUUCGCCCACUCCAGCCAGCCGUUUCUCUUCUGCUCCUCUAGCUUCGAAAUGUCAUCGUCCGACAGUUUGAUAGUCGUCUCGAACAGGCUCUCGAGGCCGGUCGGCUCUUCCCGCGGGAAAAAGCGCUGUGGCCUCAAGAAUAUAUCGUCGUUUCUGAUGCCGUUCGACCUCUUGCUCGAGCGGUGGACACUUCUGCGCUCCGGGCGUAUCGGUGACCAGUCCAUGGCGUCAGGGUCUCGUUCCUUCUCCUCGUCGUCAUCGUUCAUAUGCUCAUCAACGUCAUACACGGCGUAAUCUUCGUCCAUGGCGUCCUGCCCCAGCGACACAUGGCCAUUCGCAUGGCUGCUGCUGCUGCUGCCGGCGUGGCCGUUCAUCUGCGCGAACGAUGGCACGCCGAAGACAGGACUCUGCGGGCGCCCGGAAUUCGCGAGGAUCGGGUUGUUCGACAGCGAGAGAGUCGAAAACAAGUCUGGGGCAGCGUCAAAUAUCGGUGUUGGCUGUCGAGAGGUCGAUGUUGAAGAGAGAUCGGAGGGUGGAAGCGAUGGCCGGUAGGAGAACUGUUGCAUGAGGCGGACCGAAGGGGGACGGUCGAAGCGAAGGAUCAUCGCUGAACGCAGCAAGAUCUUUGGGCAAAGUUAGCCUUUGAGCUGUUCGCAUGCUUGAGACUCCACUCACACCUAGCUCCAGAGCGAGUAACACAGCGAAAUACCACUGAGACCUCCGUAUAGAUAGUGACAAUAACGGGAUUGUAGUUUGUGCGUGAUAGAGCGCAAUCCAGGCAGGCUUGAAUGUCGGUACCCAAGAAAGCAGAGAUGUGAUCACGCGCGAAGCCCAUGCUAAGCUUUGCAGGAUCUGUGGUACCG